GUUCUCAGCAAUAUAUAUUCUAUGGUUUACAUGUGUAUUUAAUACUAUUUUCAUGGAUUAUAAAUUUUUCUUUAAGUAAAAUUAUUGAAAUAAAAUGUCACUGUUUACGACGAAAAUAAUCUUGCGAACAAGUUAUUGUACAAAUUUGACUGUCUGUGUUAAUAAAUUUCAUAUAUCUUUUCCAACAUACUUGAACCAGAAAUGGAGAGUGGCGAAAAAUUUAGCAAAAAAUCCAAAUAGUACUGGUCCAUUAGUUACGUUAUCUGAUUAUUCCUUUAAAGACAAUAAACCUGUAGCAUAUGGAUCAAGACAAUUGAAGCGCAUACAAAAACACCAAGAUUACAUGAGAAAAAUUAUUCAACUUGUUGAACAAGUUGAUUAUGCAGUUGAACGACAUGCUAAGUUAAUGAAAGAAAAGGAGGAACAAAAACAAAAAUUUUUGGAUAGUCAAUUAAAACCUAAAGGUGUGUUAUCAAUCACCAGUAAAUAAUCUAUUUCAUAAUUUGUAAAUAAAUGUAAAUGUUAUAUAAA